CCGUUUGUUUGUUUGGUCAUACGUCGUCUUGUCUCUUCUUUAAUCUCUCCGAGACCCAUCGAGCAACGACUCGUACGCGCCCUCAAAAGCAUACACCCGCAUUGGAGAAAAGCCAUAGAAUCCAGUCCCCAGAAGGGGAGAGAGGAGAAGAACCUUCUCUCCUUCCACUCGCCCCUUGUUCGUCGUGAUCCGAUCUCUAUAAACCCUUCCCGGGGAAUGGCGGAUGAUGCUGGCGCGGCCGCGGGGGACGGUCGGACGAAGUCGACGGCGCUGCCGCCGUCGCCGAAGAAGCAGCGGAGGGGGAUAUUCUCCCGGAUUUGGAGGGGGAUCUUUGGAGUGCGGAGUGAGGACUACGAGAAGAAGCUGCAGUACUUGUCCAAGGAGGAGGCUGCGGUCCAUGCGAGGAUGAAGCGGCGGGCCCAGUCCUCUAGGAGGAUGGUCAGGAAUCUUAUUGUUUUCUCCGUGAUCGUUGAGGUGAUAGCAGUGGUUUAUGCAAUCAUGACAACAAGAUCAUUGGAUCUAAACUGGCAGAUGAGGGCAGUUCGAGUUUUGCCUAUGUUUGUUUUACCUGCUUUAUCUUCUGUUGUCUAUUCAACACUAAUAAGCUUCACAAGGAUGCUUGAUCGCAAGGACCAGAAAAUGCUUGAAAGGCUACGUGCUGAGAGGAAAGCAAAAAUUGAUGAGCUUAAAGAGAGAACGAAUUAUUACACAACACAAGAGCUUAUUCAGAAAUAUGACCUUGAUCCUGCUGCAAAAGCUGCAGCAGCAACCGUUCUCGCAUCCAAAUUAGGGGCAGAUUCUGGUUUGAAAAUCUCUGUCGGAGAUGAAUCUAAAACCAAUGCACUGUCAGCAAAAAGCAGUGAUGUUGAGCUGGUGCAAUUUGAUGGGCUCCGGAAUAGGAAACAAUCUCAUGCAAGAAUCAAUAGCACUGGGAGCACCAAUGCUCAAGUUGUCAAUGAAACUGUAGGGGAGUCUGGAGGUGACAGCCAAGAAGUUGCAGUUCAGUCUCAGAAGGUUGUCGAACAUUUUAAAGGUUCAAGCCCUAACAAUGGUGGAUGGAUUGCACGUAUUGCUGCUCUGCUUGUGGGCGAGGAUCCAUCGCAGUCUUAUGCACUCAUAUGUGGCAACUGCUACAUGCAUAAUGGACUAGCCAGGAAAGAGGAUUUUCCAUACAUAACAUAUUACUGUCCACACUGCCAUGCUUUGAAUGCAUCGAAGCUAUCGGUAGAGCAUGCCUCAGGUUCCAGUUCUGGCACUACUGGUCCAUCUUCUCCGAUUGAUGGCAAUCGUGCUUGCCAUGUUGCGACGGGGACUGAAGUCAUGGGGGACAUGACAAAUGCUCAGGAGGCCUCUGUGGGAGGGAAUGAUGAGAAAUUACGUGCCGUUCAGGCUAGUUGAGGAUUUUGCAUGAGUACACGUAAAUAAGGAGGAGCUACUCUUCAUUCAAUUAAAAGAAGAAGCUGGGCUGAAACAAGUAGAUUACGAAAAAAAAAAAAAGGCAAACAGAGGGUGAAACAAGUAGCAAGCUUCGAGGAUGCCAUCCGAAACGAAGUUCUACCCCUUGUUUGGGCCGAUAUCUCCCGUGAUUUAAAGGUAGAUGUGGCUACCAAGAGGACCUGUUGAUUGUUAAGGAAGAUAUGGCAGUUUUGUUCUUGCUAGAUUGUCCAGGUGACCGCCGUUGCAAGAGAUAUCCAUCCUGCCAGAAACAGCGUAAUAAUGGUGGCUUUCGAGGUUGAGGCCGUUGCAGAGGCUCACUCCCGGAGAUCAAGCAAUUGAUCUCCAUAUGCUCACUCCAUCGGCUCAUCAAUAAGAUAUCCAAACAUGCCUUAGAAGUUCUUUAUUCCAGGUCGUUGUGGCAAUGGUUAGUGAUAAUCGUCUCCGGUCCUCAUCUCCUGGAUAGCUUGCUACCUAGAUUUGGGCGCGUUGGGUGCUUAAAUCCCGCAAUCCAAAACCGGCCAACUGACGGAUCCCUUGUCGGUCCUCUCCUACCAUUAAACCAAAAAAAAAAA